AUGGAGAAACACGACGAUGCGGACCUUAUCUUCUACCCCGCAUUCUGCUUCAAGGCGUCCCCAACGCACUUCGCCUGGGUGAAAAUGGCCCUGGCAGAUGUGCACAAGCUUCAUAGACCGGAAGGUUUCAAUGGCCAAAAACUAUUCUUCUACAAAAACCACCCAAUAACCUACAUCAGCGUCGUCGGCGUAAUCGUAUCCAGAAACGAAAUCCCCCGCCGCACAAUCCUCACCAUAGACGACAGCAGCGGCGCCACGCUCGACAUCGUAAUCUUACAAGCAGAUGCCAAAGAAAAACUCACAACAGAGAACACCGCGCCCGUCCGCUCAUACCCGAGCGCAUCCAGCACGGCCCCGUUCAAUUUAUCUCGGCCUGCGACUGAUCUCUCAGCGGAAGAUUCGCCCGAUCUCCUGGCCAUGAAUCAAAUCGUGCACGUCUCCGCGACGGAUCGGACGAUAAUUGAUGUCUCGAAACUUGUGCCCGGGACGACGGUUAAGGUUAAGGGGACGGUGAAUCGAUUUCGGGGAACGAUGCAGGUUAAUCUGGAGCGGUUUGCGCUGGUGCAUGACACGAAUUCUGAGAUGCGGUUUAUUGAUGAACGGUUGAGGUUUUUGGUCGAGGUUCUUUCUUUGCCGUGGUUUUUGCUGGAUGAGGAGGUUGAGGAUUUGAGGCGGGAGGCGGAGAGGGGUGGGUUGGAGGUUGCGGAGGAGAGGAGGCGGGCUGAGAAGAGGGCGAGGAUGAGGACGGAGAGGGAGGAGAGGGAUCAGCGGCAUAUCCAGAGGCGGUAUGAGAAGGAGGAGAGGAAGAGGGCGGUUGGGGCUGGGGUUUGUAGGGAGGAUGGGGUCAAGGUCAUGCAUGAUAUUCGCAAGAAGAGGGCGCUUUCUGGGCAGCGGGGUUUGGGGAAGCAAUAA